GACCGAGCUAGCAAUGCAAACACCGCGGCAAUGAGAUUAUGAGAUUGAGAGAUCACUCACUUCCCCUAUAAAUCAUUUCCUAGGGUUUUUCCGCUUCUUGUAAGCACCAUAAUCAGCACUCUGAAAUGGCCAAAUCUACGAAGAAAUCAUCCUCUACAGCGGACGGAGCUCCAUCUGUAGCUGCAAAAACAAUGACGAAAGGUAAGCGAGGAGCUGAAGUAGAGAUGCGAGUGGUUACCAAAAAACCGAAGAAAGAGGAAAAGGAAUUGAAGAAUGAGGCUGUCAAAAUGAUAAUCGAGAAUAAAACUGUGAAGAGAAGUAAAAGGAAGGAAUCUAGUUCUUCGUCGUCAGAUGAUUCUUCAGAGGAAGAACGGAAGCCUGCUUCUAAGCAACCUGUGCCAAAAAAAUCACAAGAAACAAAUGGAAUUAAGAGUAAGAGGAGCAAGAAAGGUGAAACCAGUUCCUCGGAAUCUAGUUCAUCCUCGGAGGAUGAAUCGUCAUCUGAGGACGAACAGAAGGUUAAACCCUCUGUCAAGCAACCUUUGCCGAAGGUUAGGAGUAAGAAAGACGAAACCAGUUCCUCGGAGUCUAGUUCAUCCUCGGAGGAUGAAUCUUCAUCUGAGGACGAACGAAAGGUUAUAUUUUCUGGCAAGCAACCUUUGCCAAAGGUUAGGAGUAAGAAAGGCGAAACCAGUUCCUCGGAAUCUAGUUCAUCCUCGGAGGAUGAAUCCUCAUCAGAGGACGAACGAAAGGUUAAACCUUCUGGCAAGCAACCUUUGCUGAAGGUUAGGAAUAAGAAAGGCGAAACCAGUUCCUCGGAAUCUAGUUCAUCCUCGGAGGAUGAGUCGUCAUCUGAGGACGAACAAAAGGUUAAAUCUUCUGGCAAGCAACCUUUGCCAAAGGUUGCACAACAAAAGACGGCAAGUAAGACCAAGCAGAGUAAGAAAGAGGAUUCUAGUACCUCCUCAGAGUCUGAUUCCUCAUCAGAGGAAGAACCAGAUGUCAAGCCUGCUGCGAGGCUAUCUGCAAAGCCAACAAUAGAGCCUAGGAGUAAAAAACAGGAAUCUAGUUCUAGUUCAUCCUCGGAGGAUGAUUCUUCAUCUGAGGACGAACAAAAGAAUAAACCUGCGGCCCAGCAACCUGUGCCAAAGGUUGCACAACGAAAGGCAGAAAGUAAGAGCAUGCAGAGUAAAGAAGACGAGUCCAGUACCUCCUCAGAUGAUGAUUACUCAUCAGAGGACGAACCAAAUGUUAAACCUACUGGCAAGCAACCUUUGCCGAAGGUUAGGAGUAAGAAAGGUGAAACCAGUUCCUCGGAAUCUAGUUCAUCCUCAGAGGAUGAAUCAUCUGAGGACGAACGAAAGGUUAAACCUUCUGGCAAGCAACCUUUGCCGAAGGUUGCACCACAAAAGACGGCAAGUAAGACCAAGCAGAGUAAGAAAGAGGAUUCUAGUACCUCCUCAGAGUCUGAUUCCUCAUCAGAGGAAGAACCGAAUUUUAAGCCUGCUGCGACGCAAUCUGCAAAGACAACAAUAGAGACUCGGAGUAAAAAACAGGAAUCUAGAUCUUCUAGUUCAUCCUCGGAGGAUGAUUCUUCAUCUGAGGACGAACCAAAGAAUAAACCUGCUGCCCAGCAACCUGUGCCAAAAGUUGCACAACAAAAGACAGAAAGUAAGAGCGUGCAGAGUAAAAAAGAGGAGUCCAGUACCUCCUCAGAUGAUGAUUCCUCAUCAGAGGACGAACCAAAUGUUAAGCCUGCUGCUAGGCAAUCUGCAAAGAUAAAAGUUGAGACUAAAAGGAAAAAACAGGAAUCUAGUUCUUCUAGUUCAUCCUCAGAGGAUGAUUCUUCUUCCGAAGACGAACCAAAGGGUAAACCUUCUGCCAAGCAACCUCUACCAAAGGUUGCACAACAAAAUUCAGAAAGUAAGACUAAGCUGAGUAAGAAAGAGGAGUCCAGUACCUCCUCAGAGGAUGAACCAAAUAACGGUACUGUUACAUCGGUGGUGGUUGCAAAAAAUGGCACCAGUGGAAAACAUGCUACUAGUAAGGUGGCAGAUAGCAGUUCAGAUGACUCGGGUAGUGACUCUGAAGGGGGCAAAGGAUCGAAAAACAAAGCACCUGUGGUAGCUGUUGCAGCCAAGAUGGACGUGUCUAGUGAGGAAUCUGAUUCAGACGAUAGCAGCGAUUCAGAUGAUGAUGAACUAAAAGCCAAGCCUCGCCGGAAACAGGUCCCUGUUGGUGCUCUUUUAAAGAAGGACUCUGCUACAAGUAAUAAGAAAGAUGAGUCAAGUGAUGAUUCUGAGUCGAGUGAUAGCAGUAGCUCAGAUGAUGAUUCUCCGGUACCUAAUGCAGCUCUCUCAGAAAAGGCAUCUUCAAGAACUGCAAGCAAAAGGAAGUUGAGCACUAAAGUUGACAAUGAGGAAGAUAGCUCUUCAGAAAGUGAGGAAGAGGAGCCUAAGAAGAAAAAGAUGAAAGUUCAGGAGAGCAGCUCUGAGGAAUCUUCAGAUGAUGGGACUUCAAAGGAUGAAGAGAAAAAAGUUCCGAAGACUCCAAGACAAAAGGAUGCUGAUGAAGUCGUGGUAGAUGCAGAAUCUGUCAAGACAGAAACCAAGAAAACUCCUCAGACCCCCGGCGCUCUACAAGUUAAAGCCUCAGGGACUAAAACACUUUUUGUUGGCAAUUUAGCAUUCUCUGUCGAACGAGCCGAUGUGGAGGAUUUCUUUAAAGAUGUUGGUGAAGUUGCUGACGUCCGUUUUGCUGUAGAUGGAGAUGGAAAUUUUAGGGGUUUUGGUCAUGUUGAAUUUUCCACAAUUGAGGUAGCUCAAGAGGCGAUGGAGUUAAAUGGUCAAACUUUAUUGGGUCGACCCAUUAAACUGGACUUUGCUCGGGAAAGGGGUGCUUACACUCCAAGCAGCGGCAAAGAAAACUCUUAUCAAAAGGGAGGUCCAACGCAAGUGCAUACUAUAUUUGUACGAGGUUUUGAUACAAGUGGUGAUGAGAAUAAAAUCCGCAUUGCACUAAAACAACAUUUUGAAACUUGUGGUGAUAUUUCAAGAAUCUCAGUUCCCAAAGAUUAUGAAAGUGGUGCUGUGAAAGGGAUUGCCUACAUGGAUUUCAAGGACAGUGAUGGUUUCAAAAAAGCUCUGGGACUUAAUGAUACUGAAUUUGGUGAAAGUUACUUGACUGUGGCAGAGGCAAAGCCGAGAGGUGACAGCGGAGGUGAAACUAGAGGUGGAAGGAGCGGUGGUCGGUUUGGGAAUAGAAGUGGCGGCGACAAGUUUGGCAGUCAUGAUGGUGGUGAUAGAUCUAGAGGUGUGCGUGGCGGUCGAAGUGUCCGAGGAGGGACUCGCGGUAGAGGACGUGGAGGACCUGCCAGACCUAGCAUGGCUACAGUUGGUACAGGAAAGAAGACGGUAUUUGAUGAUUGAAUAACAAGUCUUUAUGCCUUGGUGUACUUUUGUUUCUUUUAAAAACCUAGCUUAAUUAUUUUUCUAGGUUGCCUGGCUUAUAUCUUGUUUUCAACGUAUCAGCAGUAAAAUAAAAGAAAUUUGAUUCCAUUGA